AUGAACCAGAGCCUGUCAGCGACAGUGCCACAGUCAGAAGUGGGGAGAGAACAGGAAACAGCAACACCAACAACGCCAACAACACAAACAACACAGGCGAGGCUAGGCCUUUCCCUGGUGAGGCCGCCCUCACCACCCGCAAAGGAGCCGCCGAGGCAACCGCCGCCGAUGGAGGCACCACCACCCCCACCGCCGACGAAGGAACUGCCGAAGAGACCGCCGCCCCUGCAGCUGAGCUCGCGGCCGGGCACGAGCGCAUCGGACGGGUCGGUGGUGCAGAAGGCCCCGCAGGCGCCAUCCCUACGCGCGCCACUCAACAUGAACCCGCCGACGCGGCCGUCGACGGCCACCAGAAUCGUCGGCUCGAACAAGCGGCUGUCGUGGUCGUCGAUUGCGACGAGCAGGAGACCCAUCAAGUACGGCAAGGGGAAGUACAGCAACGUCGAGUUGGUGCCGCAGCCGAGCGACGACCCGGACGAUCCUCUUAACUGGCCGCAGUGGAGGAAAGAGCUCAACCUGGGAGCGCUGUUGUUGGUCGUGUCGAUGACCGGGGUAAUGAAGACGGCGUUCCUGACCGUAAAUAGUGAGCUUGCCGAGAGCUACGUGGUGUCGUAUACAGCAGUAGCCGCAUUGACCGGCGUGCCCCUCAUGCUCUCGGCCAUCACUGGCUUCGCCAGUCUCAUUGCGGCGAGGAUAUGGGGCAAACGGCCCCUGUACCUGAUCUCUCUGGUCCUGCUGUUCAUCGGUGUUGCGUGGAGCACCAACGUGGCGACCAGCUACGGGCAGUGCAUGACCGCGCGGGUCUUCCAGGGGCUUGGUUGGGGUGCCUUUGACACCCUGGUGAUGGGCUCGAUCCAUGAUACCUACUUUGAUUAUGAGCGCUGCCGCCGUGUCGCGAUCUACUCCAUCGUCUCCAUCGCAACGACAUGGGGGCCCCCACUGAUUGGUGGUGUCGCCUCGCAGACGGGGAUGGGCUUCGGCCUGCAGUUCACCGUCCUCAGCGGCUUGUUCGUCUUGGCCGUGCCGCUGAUCACUCUGGGCGCCCCGGAGACGUGCUUUGACCGGGCCUACACCCUUGCCCAGACACCAGCAACCAGCACGAGCUACAUCAAGUCUCAGCCCCUGCGUCCCCGCCAGACCUUCUCCGUCGAGGCCUGCAAGGACUACGUCGCGAAGAUGAAGCCGCACUCAUACUCGGGCAUCAUCCACCGCACGACCCUCCUCCAGGUGCCCCGCGCCGUCAUCGCGCCGACCACGGCACUCCUCUUCGUAGCCACCGUGCUCCCCUCCGCCGCGCUCUGGGGCCUCUCCAGCUCCAUCUCGCUCCUCUUCGCCCCCAUGCCCUUCAUGCUCUCCCCCUCCUCCCUCGGCCUCCUGCUGACGGGACCCUUCGUCGCCGCCACGGCCACCGUCGCGGCCUUUGCCCUGACCCCGGCCUGGCACAUCCGCUUCACCCCGAAACUACACAUGGUCGCCAUCGCAGCGGGCACGGCACUCGCCAUCACGGGCAUCCUAACCCUGGGCAUGCAUGUCUCGACGAGCAUGACCCCGCCCGCGAACCAGGCCGACGCCGACGCGUCCGUCUACGCGCUCGGCUACCUGGGCGAGCGCGUCAGUCUCCCGGGGGCGUCCGCCAUGCUGGCGUUGCUGGCGGCGGGCUUGCACGUGCUGGACGCGACGGCGCGGCCGGCGAUCCGGCGCAGCACGCAGUUCACGAGCUCCAACCUGGGCGUGGCGCUGCGCAACACGGCCGACAUGGACGCCGGCGCCGCCCUGUGGCGCACCCUCGCCGCGGGCGCGUUCGUCGUCGCCGUGCCAAACGCUGUCUGCUCGUGGGACGGGCUGCGCAUGGCGUGCGUCGGCAUCGCGGUCGCGCAGGCGGUCGCUGCUGCGCUCGUCGCGGCGGUGUGGUGGUUUUGGGACGAGGAUGUCCUGAGGAUGGAUGGGAGGGUGAUGAGGUUGGUGGAUUUGGACAUCUUGAAGACGUCGGGGAGCUUCUUCGACAUGGAUUGA